AUGUGACUUCCGCUCACCUUCUGAAGUUUAGAUGAAAAAAGGUCACUUCUAAUAUUUCGUAAAUCUAGAUCGAAACUACCGACAAUAUGAUGCUGUCAAGAGCGAUUCCAAGGGCAACCUCUUUACUGCCCCGAGCUGUAUCAACCAUCUCAUUGAGACAUGGCAGCGCUGGGGGAAAAUCUGAUUUAGAGAUCCUAGUGGAAUCAAAGAGACACAUGGAUUUUAGGCCGAUUCCUACCAAAGCCUGGUCAGAGACCUAUAAUGAAGCACAGAAAGUCAUGAACACUAAAUUAUAUUUAAGCAUUGCAGCUAUUAUAGUUGUGUCAAUUGCAUCGUACAAGUUGGAUGUUUUCCUAGUAGCACCAUUCAUGUUUAAGAAUUCUGACCUGAUUUUAACAGAAGAUAUGAAACUCAAUAACUAUGAUGAAGAGGAGUGAUAUAUUUAUAUUUAGAACCAAUUUUGUUAUAAUAUGAUCUAGUAAAAACUUUAAAAGUCAAUACUUUUUUUGAGUGCUCAUUCUCUGAAAACACCUGAUGCUUCAUGCAGUUGGGAUUGUCAACUAGAUAUCCCCUUCUGAAAGUCCACAAACCUGAUAUUGUUACAUGAUAGAGUGAACAUUUUUAAAGUCAAAGAUCUUUAUAGAGUGAGACAGGGUAGGGUAUGCUACUAAAACAUUUGACACUAUUAUGUCUGGGAUUGUUAACUUGACAUUUUUUCCCAAGAGUCCACAUCCCCGAUAUUGUUAAUUUGGUAUAUUUAUUCUAGAAUGGCAAAAUUGUUUUUGAAACUUGACGAGAGCCAUAGAUGCAGGCACACGAACAGUCUUCGUCCCUGUUUUUUUCACUGACUGUCUACAGUCAUACGAGGAAAUAAAUCUUCAGUCAGUCAUUUUGUACUACAUAUCGAUAAUCAUGAGUGGAGCAUGAAAUUAAAGAAAAUUAAUCUGAUUUGAUGAUGAUGCUCAAUAAAAACUAUUGGAGACAAUG